AGGUGGCGUGGGAGGGGUUAGACGGCAUCUUCCCUCCAGGUUGCUCGGGCAGGGGCUGGAGGGGAGUGGGCUGCAACCGCGGCGUCCUCGGGCGCUUCUUCUGCCCCGACCUUCGCGCCCUGGCCCCUGGCCCGCGGGCGGCCGCUCGGGCCUCCCGGGGUCCUCCCGGGCGAUUCAGGCCGGCUGGCGAGCUCCACCGCCCCAAGUGACGGCUGCCGCUCCGCGGGACCGCCUGGACCUCGCGUACAUGAGAAGUGCCAGGGAAAAAAUAUCAGCAAGACAAAUGCCACAGUCUAUCGUAACUGAAAACGGAAGUGACAUCCUCUCACUGUUGCUAUACUCUCUUCAUCAGAAGCUAUUUGGUAUGUCCAGUCCACACGCAAGGUAUUUUUGGAGUUAAUGGAGUCAGAAGGACCCCCAGAGUCAGUGAGUUCAGAAAAAUCAGUAUUUUUCUCACAGCAAGAAGAAGAUGAUGAAGAAGGAGCAGCCCAAGAACCAGAGGAAACAGUUGCCACGAACCCUCUCUUACAACCUGCUCUCACAGGGGAUAUAGCAGGUUUGCAGAAGAUUUUUGAAGACCCUGAGAAUCCUCAUCAUGAGCAGGCCAUGCAGCUACUCUUGGAAGAAGACAUCGUUGGGAGAAAUUUGUUGUAUGCAGCUUGCAUGGCUGGGCAAAGUGAUGUGAUUAGAGCUUUGGCAAAAUAUGGUGUGAAUCUGAAUGAAAAAACCACCAGAGGGUAUACACUCUUACACUGUGCUGCAGCCUGGGGUCGUUUGGAAACUUUGAAAGUACUAGUGGAACUGGAUGUUGACAUAGAAGCUUUGAACUUCCGGGAAGAAAGAGCUCGAGAUGUUGCUGCUCGGUAUUCCCAGACUGAGUGUGUUGAGUUCCUGGACUGGGCAGAUGCAAGGCUGGCUCUGAAAAAAUAUAUCACAAAGGUCUCUUUAGCCAUUACUGACACAGAAAAGGCACCAGGGAAGCUCCUUAAGGAAGACAAGAACACUGUUCUCAAUGCAUGCCGUGCAAAAAAUGAGUGGUUGGAAUCCCAUACAGAAGCUUCCAUUAAUGACAUUUUUGAGCAGAAACAACUAUUGGAAGAUAUUGUGACUCCUAUUCUCAUAAAAAUGACUACACCACGUCAAGUGAAAAGUGCCAAAUCUGUAAUCUAAGCCAUGGUCAGAAGAGAAGUCAAGAGUAUACCUUCUACUGAACAUAUAUUUUGUAAAAGGCCACAUUUUCUUCUAGUAUCUGAAAAGACAAACUUACCAUGCCAAUUAAAGUCAAGAAAAUAGAUGUGGGGUUUUAUAAAAAUGUUUAAGUACAACAGUGCAUCACCCUUGUUUUGUUUGGCCUGUUCAGCAUGCCUGUGUUCAGACUGUCUGGCCUUGCCCCACCUCCUCCAGGCACAGCCCCGUGUGAGUUGCAUGUGUUCCUUCAGGAAAGCACUUGGGUAUAAAUCACUCACAGGGACUAUAUGGAGGUUUUAAAACUACCUAGAGAGUCUAGUAAUUUUCUGUGUAACUGAGACUGUCCAUAAAAGAAGGCAUAUGUGGCUAUUUCCAGAGGAAAGGUUUGUUCUCCUUCUCUAAAAAGGAAGUCUUAUGGAAUGAUAUUCUGGAGCAAAGAAAUAAUAAGAAUUGUUGAAUCAGGGGCUUCUGGUUAUAACUAUUACUUUUUAUAUCCAAAUUAAAAUUCACCUGUAAGGUGGAAUAUAUCUGAGCAAAUCACCUUUUUAUUUUUAACCUCUAUCUUUAAAUUGAUAAACAUAGGUCUGUAUCAUUUAAUACU